AUGGCUGACCUCAUCCUGACCGCACCUGCGCCGGCUCAAGCCUUCUCGAUCAGACAAAUUGCUAAGUUCUACUUCUCUCCAUUCCUGGAUGAGGAGGGCGAGACCACCGGCUUCAAGCAGUGCAAGGCGUGCGGCAAGUGCCGCAAGCACACGGCGGGCAUGAGAUACACCAAUCUGAUGUCUCAUGUACGCUAG